UUAUUUAUCUGUAUACUGUACUGGUUGCUCUCUCCGACGUUAAAAUGUGGAAUAAAUUUAAUAAUUUCUUCUGUAAUGUCCCGUUAAAAAUAUUGUUGUAAAUGUAGUUUUAUCAUUUGUUAUUGUGAUAUUUUCGUGAAUGCGAAUGAAACGUGAUUAAUUAUAAGAUUAAGCAGAACUGGAAUUAUGCCGUCGACACACUUGAAUCUACGUGAGGACGACGUCGUCCGUCUUUCCCUGGAAUUUUUGCAUAACCGUGAUCUCCACAUCACGCAGUUAUCGUUGGAAAGGGAGACAGGUGUCAUUAAUGGGAAUUAUGCUGACGACGUACUAUUCCUUCGUCAGCUUAUUCUCGACGGCCAGUGGGAUGAUGUGCUAGAAUUUAUUCAACCGCUUAGCGCACUUAAAGCUUUUGAAGCGAAUAAAUUUAAUUAUGCUAUUCUUAGACAUAAAUACAUAGAACUUUUAUGCAUUCGAUCUGAAAUUAAAGCAUACAACAAUGUUGAGAACAUUGUGGACGAAGUCGUUAAGGUUCUUAGCGAUCUAGAAAAAAUAGCGCCUUCUAAAGAAGAAUAUUCUAAUUUAUGUUUACUUUUGACACUUCCUAGUAUAACUGAUCACGCACAAUUCAAGAAAUGGAAUCCUAGUAACGCACGCGUGCAAUGCUUCCGAGAGGUGUAUCCCCUUGUAGAACAAUUCCUACCAUGCGACAAGAAGUCUUCAUCGAGCGGUUCACCAGCGAAAUGUGCUAAAAACGAUCGUUUGAUGCAAUUGCUGAUUAAGGGUAUUUUAUAUGAAUCCUGUGUAAAUUAUUGUCAAGCGAAAGCGACUGGUUCGAAAGAGGCGCAGUCGAAUGAGGUUAACUUUUCCCGUCUCCUAGAUGGCUCCGGGUUUGACGAGUCGGAUUUAAGUUUGCUAUCAUGGUUGCAGUCUAUACCGGCGGAGACUUUCAGCGUACCGUUUGAACAGAGAAUGUUGAACGUGGAUGUUGAAAAAAUGGAACGGCCAUCGUUGCACACAUCUUGGACGGAACAUAUGCUAGUAACGCCUAUUAAGCCUCGUACUUUUCCUCACUUGGCAAUGCCGUUUAGGAGACCUAGAUCUGCGGCGGACGCUAUGACGAGAUCACUCCGACCACUCCCAGACGGUGCUCCUCGACACCCAGCGGUAAUGGCUCUAUCCGCUAUUGACUAUGGACCGUCAUCGUCAUAUUUCGCCGGUUUUCAUCUCACUGGAAUCAAAGGCAGUAAAUUGAUGAAUACGUCUGUCGAUAGAUUGUUCGACAAUAAAAACGGCGAUAGUAUUUAUAAUGGUUUAAAUGAAUCGUUGAAGCCAAUUGAUGAGCAAUUGAAACCGAUUGGCGAAUAUACAAAGGCGAGCGAGGCGAGUAGUAUCGGUGCUUCGAAUGCUACAACGCCGGAACAUAGGGGACAGGAUUAUUCUGCAUCGACUUCGAUAUCGACGGCUCCGGUUUCUGCUGAACGUUCCUCCAUAGCGGAGAGACUACCUCAGCAGCUUGAGACCUUGACUCCCGGGGGAGACGGUGACUUUAGGAGGGAAUUGUUGAAAGAGUACCAGAUUCAGAAACAACGCGAAUGUGAUGAUUACUUACGUAAUCUUUGUUCCUCUGAACUAAGGCCACAGAAAACGAUGGAGCAAAUAGGUGAUGCUGCAUCGGCUUUUCCGUCGGCCGUCAAGUAUACUCCUCCACCGAAUGCGGAACACAAUCAGAAAAUACACGAACAUUCCCAAUACAUGAGACAAAAUGAUAUCAGCGAGUCCAUCGAAAUACCAGAUUCAGCGAAUACACAGACCAGAAACGGCGGUCAGAGCGCGCCGCUAUCAACUCCAGUAGCUGUUCCCGAAGUAAACGGAUCUCGUCCCACCUUCAAACCGGUCACGGUACUGGAAGAUUUGCAGGCGGUGCGAUGUGCGGAGUUCCAUCCGAACGGAAAGUUGUAUGCUGUUGGAUCUAAUACGAAAACGUUGAGGAUAUGUACUUACCCGAAAAUAGACGAUGUCAAAGACAACAGUGCACCAACAGCACCAACAGUUCUACUCAAGAGGACGAAGCACCAUAAGGGUAGCAUCUACUGUCUGGCUUGGAGUCCAGCUGGCGACCUAUUGGCCACCGGUUCGAACGACAAAACCGUCAAAUUGAUGAGGUUUAACAGUCACGCUUGCAAUUUGGAAGGACAAGAGGUAGAGUUGACGAUGCACGAUGGCACUGUUCGUGACGUCUGCUUUAUAGAAGACACGUCGAACAAGACGAGCCUGCUGGUGAGUGGCGGUGCCGGCGAUUGCAAGAUAUACGUCACGGAUUGCGCCACGGGCAAGACUUUCCAGGCACUCAGCGGUCACUCGGGUCACGUCCUCUCUCUGUACAACUGGGGUGGUGCGAUGUUCGUAUCUGGCAGUCAAGAUAAAACAGUACGCUUCUGGGAUCUUCGUACCGGAGGCUGCGUCAAUGUUAUAACACCACCCACCGGACACCCGAGCAAGGGUUCCGCUGUAGCGUCUUUAGCAGUUGACCCGAGCGGUCGUCUCCUUGUUUGUGGUCAUGACGAUGGUUCGUGCGCGUUACACGAUGUGCGCGGUUCUCGUGCGCUACAACGUUUCACGCCGCACUCGAGCGACGUGCGCAGUGUGCGCUUCUCGCCUGGAGCUUACUAUUUACUAACCGCAGGCUACGAUGGAAGAGUUGUACUCACUGAUCUGCAAGGUGACCUGACCUGCGCUUUACCCAGCGUUCCAGUUGCUCGACAUCCAGACAAAGUUAUAUCCGCGAGAUGGCACCCUGACGACUUCUCAUUCCUCUCAACGUCCGCCGACAAAACCGCAGUACUCUGGACGAUACCGCCGGUUUAAGUUCAGAACGCACGAAACUGCCUAAUACACGAGUAAGGGGUAUUUUGAAUUUGACCCUCGAAUAAAUUCGUAUGUUUUCGUUUAUCAUGUGUUUCAUGCUAUUUCGCUUUAAUGAUAUAUUGUAUCGUUUCGAUAUGUCACGCAUUAAUAAAUAGUAUGAAAUCGGGUGCUGCUUUGGUAUGCGUAAAAUACUGCAUUCCCGAUUCGAUAAUUAAUAAAGAUUAAUGUAAUUCAAUUAAUUAUUAUCGUCGCUUUAAAAUCGGCUUAUGAAAACUAAUUUAUAUAACUUAGCCUAAUACUUUAUUUUUCAAGGUCCGCACUAAAAAAAAUCGAUUUUUUUUUCUUCUUUUUGUUAAUCGAUUCGUGUCACAGAAUUAUUUCCUAAAAUUUCUUAAGUUGUAUUGUAAAUGUGUCCUAUUGAAAGGGUGAUUUUUGUUUAUUUUUUAUUUCAUUUAACGUACAUACUUACGUCUUAUAAUAUUGUUUUCAAGUUAGUUGGUACGUUGAACCAAGUGAAGCUUUAAAAUGUUUUAUUUAAUAAAAAUGUAUUAUUAAAAUUUGACAUUCAUCGUAGAAUAUUUUUAUCAUCUGUUUAUAAAACUUUUAUAUUGUAAUAAACUUAAAAAGUAAAUAAGUAUUUCUUAUUUGUAAGACUUCAAAAUUGCAAGCGCAUUAAUGCCAAAUUUCAAUUUUUUUUUUUUAAUACAAAGUCGAUCGACAUUGGUCGUUCAUUUUGUUUUGUGACGUAAUAAUAUUAUGCGAUGGAUGAAGAGUAAAUCAACAAUUUAAGUUACGACUAGCGUUAUGUAAAAAAAAUGUAUUAUUUUUUUGUAAUUUUUUUUCUCUAAUUUCUUGUAAAAAAAUAUUAUAACAGUCAAACAGUUACUGAUAUCGACGACCUUAUUUUCAUAUGAAAGUUUACGAAACGUUAUAUAAUGAAAAUAAAGUAGAACAAUUGUAUAAUAGAUAGACUGAUUCUUAAUUUUUUUUUUUGCGUUUGAAUUGAUGUACUAUGAUCUUCAAACGUAAUGCCGUCUCCACAAAUAUCGACGAUCCCUAUAUUUCCAAUCUUUUAUUAAAUUGGAGCAAUUUCUCAUGGUCUCGAUUUGGUGGGAGCUUAAUAAAUCUAAUAAAUAACACAUUUCAAUCACGUUCUUGUUAAAUUUCGGUUUGUAUGAUGAAUAUUCGUAAUUGUACAUCAUCAUUCGUUCGUCAAUCUCUGAACGAGCUAUACUUAAAUACGCGACUGAUAUGGUUUUUUUUAUCAUCUAUAUAUACUUACGAUGGUUUAUUUAUUUAUUAUUGCUUACUAAGGAUUCGUUUAAGAAUAGAUAAAUGACAAUCCAUUCAUUGAUUCGUUCUUUAACAGUUGUCAAAUAAAACAAUGUUUUUUUUUAUUCUGCGCUGAUGCGAUCGUUACUUAAAAUAAGCGUUGUAUUUAAACAUUAUUAAUUGCGUACUUUCUGCUGCAGUUGUAAAUAUUAUCCUUUUGAAUUCAAUGUGCAAAAAUCUCGCGUCUUAUUAACGAUAUGAUUUUUCAAUGUCGUUAAUAAUAACGGACUGUACAUUUUCGAGCCAACAACUGUCUCGUUAACGUUUGGACUACGGUGUAUUGGAAUCGUGUGAAAAGAUUUAACUUUUAACCAAAAAUAUCCGAAAAAUUAUAUUGUAAUGUAUAAGAAAUAUUAAGAUUAUGCGCGUAGCUUGAGAGACUAUUUGAUAAAAGAGAAGAGGGAUGGGGGUGGCUGUUUGUUUGAAAAAGAAAUUCAAUUGUAAUAUCGUUGGCUCCUUCUAAUGUUUAUAGUCGAGUUUUUCCUUCCUAUUGAUAAAUCCUUGGGUGCUCAUAGCGGCAAAUCCAGCUAAGCCUUUGAUCGAUAUUGUGGUAUUGAUUGCUGUUUAUAUGUCGAUUUUAAGCAAAACUGCGAGAUCUCGCAACGGAUUUUUUUUUUUUGGAAUUUUAUACUCGUAAUUGGUCCUAUACUGGUCCUACAAUACAAAUAUAUACAAUACUGUUUGACUAAAUAAAUAGGAAGAUAUAUGCUAUCUUAUUCCUAACUGGCUUUGUAGACCUGUUAUAUAUAAGUAAAUGUUUAGCUUAGAUUUUGUGUACUAUAGAAUCAGCACCAUUAAUCGAUAUUGCUUAUUCACGUAAUUAUAUUAUUUUACCGAUUCAUUAUUAAACGAAUCUGUAAUGAAAUAUAGAAUUUCCGGACACAAGCAAAAUCCAAUAGCUUAAGACUCAUGUUUUGGACACAAGCAAAAUCCAAUAGCUUAAGACUCAUGUUUUGGACACAAGCAAAAUCCAAUAGCUUAAGACUCAUAUUUUGGACACAAGCAAAAUCCAAUAGCUUAAGACUCAUAUUUUCGAUCGUUUUAUACAUUAAUUAAUUAUUUUAGACGUUUAUAUAAAACUGCGCAUUGUUUCCCCGAUACUUCGGCUCGAGGGCAGUGAAAUUCGAAUGUCGAAUUGUCGUAUAUAUUUGUAACGUAUCAGAAUUAUAGUUAUUUCAUUAAUACAUGUGACGUUUCGCUUCUGUCUGACACACUGCAUGCGAUUUUGUUUAAAAGUUUCAACAUCGACUUAUUUAUGCAAUGACUGUAUCAAAUUAAUACUAUGACCGUAUAUCGAAGCCUUAAUAUUGUAAUAUUGGAAAAAAAAUAAAAGAGAGAACUUUGAGGGUUUGUUUGCCGAUAGGUGUCUAUAGCUUCGCUUUAACUAGAACAAUGAAAUAUACUAAGUAAAAAAAAAUACAUUAAAAGUAUUACAAAUUCGAUUUCAUUUGUUUAAUAAAUAUUACGUAUUUAAUUAAUUGAUAAACUUUUAAAGUUAAAGGUUCAAGUUAAUAAAGUUCUAGUUAAUUUUUUAUUGUGUUAACAAUUAUGAUCGGAAAUAGUGUUCUAUCUCUCUCGAAAAUAUCGCUCUAACUCUCUCUUACGAUAUCAAAUAAGAUGAGCGAGAUCAUUAAAAUUUAGAAUUUGGGCUUUUAACGCGAUUUAAAUGUAAAAUGCUUUGUGCAAAGUUCUUAUAAACGUAAUUUUUUUUUUUUUUUUUUUAUAAUUGAAAUUAUUGUAACGAUAUUAUAAAUUACUGUUUUAUUCCAGCUAUUAUUAUUAAUCUGUUCCAAUACUACAGUUAUAUUUGUAUGAGGCGUUUUUUUGAACUCGGAUCACAAAUUAAUCUAUGUAUUAAAAUAAUGCUAUAUAUUUAAUAUUUUCUAUGUAUAGGUUAUGUUAUUGAUUAAGUCUGAUCUAACGCUAAAUUGAACAAAUAUAUGUUAAACCAACUUCGAUAACAAUCGUUUCUAUUGUAAGAAUAUAAUCCCUUAUUUACA